AUGUAUCCUACGCGGGUUCUCCAACUUCUGAUGGUCGCCUCUGUGGCCCAGGCAUCAUGGUUCAACUUCAACAACAAGGCUCAGCCUCGCGAUGAACUUAUCAAGAGACAAUCGGGAACCUCAGCUGCCGCUGAGACCACAACAUCAGCCGCCGCCCCAACCACUUCAUCCGCGGCGCCUGUUACUACCUCGACAUCAGCAGCUCCCGCACCGACGACAACCUCGCCGUCUGUCGCCCCAACCACCACCGCCCCUGCUCCCAGUUCUAGCGCAACCACGCCUGCUACCCCGUCUACUUCCGCCCCCGCUGCCCCGGAGUCCACGACGCUGAGAACUAGUACUACCUCAGCUGCCAACAACCAGGACACCACCUCUGGCGCUGCCACAUCUUCGACCCCAUCCACUACUGCUAAACCCGUUACCUCCACCAUUAGAACAGUUAUCACGACGACGAACUCCGAAGGAAAGGCUACUUCGUUUACCUCCGAGUCUACCGUUACAAGCACCCCUGGUCUUAAUGAAUCAAACUCUGGCGAAUCUUCUUCUGGCAUGUCUGAGACCACCCGUAAUACUGUCAUCGGCGUCGUCGUUGGUGUUGGUGGCGCCAUUGUUCUUGGUGCCCUCGGUUUUGUGGCAUGGAGAAUCUGGGGCAAGAAGAAGCAGGCGGAGGAGAACGACGGCCUGAUGGAGUACAACAAUCAGUAUGGCAAUGAGGCCAAGGCCGAGGCGGGCAACAGCCCAGGCGCCGGACGCACGCCUUUCCAGUCAACUCUUGAGAGCUACCACGCACCGAACCAAGUAAACGCGUCGUCUAACUUCUAA